CGGAUUUACAUAAGAUUUGGAUCGAUAACGGAUUAACUAAACAGAAGUGAAACGAGAUACAAAUUAUCGAAAGAUUCUUCCUUUGUCCAAAUGGGGAGAUGGGAUGUCUGAAUCUUUUCCGGGCAGUCUUCGUUCGGUUGAUCUUCUCCUGCCAUGGCCUCAUUGCAAUAUGGCGGCUGGUCAUCGUUGCCAAGGACGACCGCUAUUGGUACCUGACAGCGGCACUAGGUGGCCUUUUCAUCGAGUCGCUCAUCACUAUAUGUAAGAAGAAAGGGAGAGAAUGGAAAUGGUUUUGUCCAAGUGUGCUUUUCUAUCUGCUGAGUGUGGUACCAGCAAUAUGGUUCCUUGAACUUGACGAGCUGCACAAGCGAAUCAAACUAAAAAACCGGUUCAACUCAACGUCGGAAAAGACGUUUAACGAAUCAUCGGAGGAACUCCAUGCCUCGCUCGAAACCUUUGGGCUGGAAUUCGAAAUCCGCAUCCCGCUCGUCCUCUCCUCCGACCAGUGGAUCAAGACAAUCGAACAGGUUUUGCUGCUGUGUUUGAUCGUCGGGCGAUGGAUGCUACCAAAAGGGAAGCUGACACAUGACCAGUUGUCGCAGUUGUUGUUGGUCUAUAUCGGGACUGCUGCUGACAUUGUGGAGUUCUUUGACGCUUUUAAGGAGGACCAGGUGAAAUAUAACGAGAUGUUAUGCGUGAUAAUUUUGAGCAUCUGGUCCUGGAGUUUGCUUCAGUUCACUAUGGUCUUGACAGCGACCCGAGCGCGUAAGGAUCAAUCAGGCCUUGUUUCAAAGGUCGCGGUCGACCCCAACCAAAGCUGUUGCACCCCUGAUGUCUACGGUAUAAUCAUCUCAAUCUUCAUGCAAGACGCGCCCUUCCUUGUCCUCAGGCUCCUUCUUAUCUUCCGCUACGACGUGGUCAGCUACACCAACAUGUUCUUUACCUCCAAAAACACACUUGUGAUAUUGCUUCUCAUGUACAGACUCAUAGUCGUACAGUGUACGAUACGGAAGGAGGUACAAAAGUUGAAACGGAACAGUAAAGUCGUACACGAGAGUACGAGUCGACAAAGAUUAUUAUUACAUAGUUACGAGAACCACUGCGGAGGGCGCUCGCCGAAUGGAUACAAAUAUUACGCUCCGAGCAAUUUGGCGACGAGUUACACUUACGACGAGUUGCAAGUUUACCCGACUAAGAAAAAUAAGCAUUCGCGUGAUAAAAAACGACGACAGUCGUCGAAGAACUCGCCAGUCGUACCUCAAAAAUCACCUCGACCGGAGUUUCGGCCGCGGUUGGAUUUACCUAAUAAUGUAGAGCGCGACGGUUCCGGCUCCAGCGGAAAUACGCCAUUUUUGACGCCCAUGAUUCUGCGUCAUGAUGACUUUGUGACGCCCGAUUCGACGCCUGGGACACCCAAAGGGCAUAAAAUGUGGGAUCCCCAGGUGGAAAGAUGCCCCAAAAGCCUCCUGCAGACGCCCAAGGCGCAAACUUUAGGCCCCGUUCGGCCGACUAGUCUAACACACACGUGCACGAACUCUCAUAAAAAUGCUUCCGCGCAAAAACCAAUGCGGUCGAAAUCAUGUGAAGCUCUGAGCACUGGGAACCGGAAGAAGAAAGGAUGUCCCAAGAAGCCCGGACCUAAAGUUAAAAAGAAAUGAAUUUUGUCGUCGUUGUUAAUAGGCUUGAUCAUCUUUGGAUCGAAAGGAGGUGUCCUUUUUGCUCAUGAAAUGUCAAAUGACCCCAGAGACACUGUCUGUUGGUUGAUACCGUACAUACAUGUUACAUUCAUUCAGCUGCAGCGCAAUAAUCGCGAGCAGGUGAUGAUAGCCCGGAUGUAGAAACAAUGUUGCACAAUUGUAGUCUAGAAUGCAUUUUGAAAAAAAAAUUCUCUGCGAAGGAGGAAAAUGAUUUUUAAGACAGACAGAACGCUUUAUUAUAAAGGAUUAUGGAUAGCAAGUAACAUCCGUUGACACUCAUUUGAAUGUUUUCUCUCAAUAUGGUGGAAAGGGCCGCAAUGACGCAAUUCUAAGCUCUGGCUAUGGCAUAGUUGCCACGGCUACAAUCAAUAGUCAAGGAGAAUAGUUUGUCUGUUAAAAAUGUGAGGUGGACAUUUAAAAGCGAUAUAAAAACACUCAUCCCAAGUUUCAUCCUGCCGGCUUUUCUAGUUGCUACACUGUGGCUAUGUUUAUUUCAAAACACCUAUAACCAUUGGACCAGAUUAAAACGAUAGGAAGGUUUCUCAAGCCUUGCUAAGAGCUACGAAGUACGAGGCGUGUAAAUACAUUUUACGGGACGAUAUGAAAAUCUCACCGAUUCCGUUCCUAAAUGACUAUUUAUGAAAAAUGAUUUACGAGUGUCGCGUAAAUGAAUAUUAACACAGGACAUUCGUUUAAUAAUUUAAUAAUUGGACGGGCACAUGCUCUGGAUCUUUCCUUGGAACCAUCCCAAAUCGUCUUGGGUGACCUUGGUGAAGGCCAAUGGUUGGAAUAUGGAGCUUUAGUACAUCUGAAUGUAUUAGAUGCAUGCACUAUGGAGUUGUACUCUGGUGCACGCCGGCCACUAUUCUCCAUAAUACUUUAACUGAAAUGCUGUAUAAGUUCUGCAUGUUUCUAUUUGUGUUGUUUAAUUGCCAGUCUGUUUUGCUUCCACCUAUGUUGAA